AUGUCACACUACGAAACCCACGGCCGCGAGCAACUCGACAUGUACGAGGCCAUCAUCAAAAGCAAAUCAGAAGAUACUAAAAUCGUCCAAACGCAAGACGAACUGAUCAAGUACCCUCCGAACCAAGCCUUCAUCGACGGCCGCAACAUCCCAGACUACAACUUCCGCACUCACGUAGUCAUGACCAGCGAUAUAGACCGGGAACCACUUUCUUUCCGAUCCUCAGACGUAGGCUUCCCAAUCAAAAAUCAACAGGUGCACGAAAUUACCGUGGGAAACCAAAAAGGCCAAGUCGUCAACAGAAGUUCCUACAACACCGACGGAAAUUCCAUCGUCUACUCAAUCGCCUUCAAAAAAGCCAACAACGACGUCCGAGGCCACAUCCCCCUUAACGAACUCGGUCUCCAAAAUUUCAUCCGCAUCGCAGGACCCAAAACCAAAAACCUGCAAGCCGUCUUCCUCACUAACAUCCAAAACAAAGAAUUCUAG